CAUCAAGAAAGAAGGAAACGCCGCAAAAUGAAGCUUCUUCGCCGCCGUUUCUUUAACCCCGUCGAUACAAUCACCCGAGCAAACCGCCGACAAUACGCCACAAAAUAUGUCGCUAAAGUCACUUCAUCAUCACCCUCAGGCCGAUCUCUCUCUGCCGAAGUUUCUCUUCCUAAUCCUCUCCCCGCCGACGUGCGUGGCUACCCUCUACCUCGCCGUCAUCUCAUCUGCAGAGCCACCAAUCUCAUCACUGGUGCCACUAAUAUCUCCGAUGCUUUCUCUGAUCUCUCUGAUUACCUCUCUUCUCUCUCACUCUCACUCACUCCCGACGAAGCUUCAGAGAUUCUCAAAUCCCUUAAUUCACCUAAACUCGCCGUCGAGUUUUUCAAAUUCGUCCCUUCUCUUUGCCCUAACUCACACAAUGACCCUUUCCUUCACAACCGCAUCAUUUUGAUCCUCUCUAGGUCAAAUCUCCCAGACAGAUUCGAUCGUGUUCGUUCGAUUCUUGACUCCAUGGUUAAAUCUAACGUUUCUGGGAAUAUAUCAACUGUGAAUAUCUUAAUUGGUUUCUUCGGUGACACCGAAGAUUUACAAAUGUGUUUAAGAUUGGUGAAGAAAUGGGAGUUGAAGAUGAACUCUUUCACUUACAAGUGUCUCCUUCAAGCUUACUUAAGAUCUCGUGAUUCUUCUAAAGCGUUUGAUGUGUAUUGUGAGAUUAGAAGAGGAGGACAUAAGCUUGACAUAUUUGCUUACAAUAUGUUGCUUGAUGCUUUAGCUAAAGAUGAAAAGAUUGAUCAGGCUUGUAAAGUUUUCGAAGAUAUGAAGAAGAUGCAUUGUAGAAGAGAUGAGUAUUCGUACACGAUUAUGAUCAGGACUAUGGGGAGGAUUGGGAAGUAUAAUGAAGCCGUUGGUUUAUUCAAUGAGAUGAUAACUGAAGGGCUUAUGCUUAAUGUUGUUGGUUAUAAUACUCUGAUGCAAGUUCUUGCAAAAGGCAAAAUGGUUGAUAAGGCAAUUCAGGUUUUCUCUAGGAUGGUUGAAACGGGUUGCCGACCGAACGAGUAUACUUAUAGUUUGGUUUUGAAUCUCUUAGUAGCUGAAGGUCAGCUUGUGAAGUUAGAUGGAAUUGUGGAGAUGUCGAAAAGAUAUAUGACUCAAGGAAUAUAUUCUUAUUUGGUUAGAACGCUAAGCAAAUUAGGGCAUGUAAGUGAGGCUCACCGCCUAUUCUGUGAUAUGUGGAGCUUCCCUGUGAAAGGAGAGAGAGAUAGUUACAUGUCGAUGCUAGAGAGUUUGUGCGGUGCGGGUAAAACCAUUGAAGCUAUAGAGAUGUUGAGCAAGAUUCAUGAGAAAGGUGUAGUUACUGAUACUAUGAUGUACAAUACUGUGUUCUCCGCACUAGGAAAGCUAAAGCAAAUAUCUCAUAUUCAUGAUCUCUUCGAGAAAAUGAAAAAGGAUGGUCCUUGUCCGGAUAUAUUCACCUACAAUAUUCUUAUAUCUAGUUUUGGUCGGGUAGGAGAAGUUGAUCAUGCUAUUAAUAUCUUUGAAGAGCUUGAGAAGAGUGACUGUAAACCCGACAUUGUUUCUUAUAACUCUUUGAUCAAUUGUCUGGGGAAGAACGGUGAUGUUGAUGAAGCCCAUGUGAGAUUCAAGGAGAUGCAAGAAAGAGGAUUAGACCCUGAUGUGGUUACAUACAGUACUCUGAUGGAGUGUUUUGGGAAAACAGAGAGAGUCGAAAUGGCAUAUAGAUUGUUUGAAGAGAUGCUUGUUAAAGGAUGUCAACCGAACAUUGUGACGUACAACAUUAUGCUUGAUUGUCUGGAGAGGAGCGGGAGAACCGCGGAAGCAGUUGAUCUGUACACAAAGAUGAAACAGCAAGGACUCACACCUGAUUCAAUUACUUACACUGUUCUUGAACGGUUGCAAUCUGGCUCUCACGGAAAAUCCCGUAUCCGUAGGAAGAAUCCAAUAACUGGUUGGGUGGUUAGCCCUUUGUAAUUCAGCGAAAUGAGGUUUGAGUAUGAUCCUUAGCUGAAGAAUGGAAACUGCCAAUUCUUGAGUUUCUAAUGCACUUCCACAAAUACUGUUUCUCACUGUAUUACUCUGCUUGAUGAUCAUGUUAGUAUUAUAAUCUGGGGAGUGCUGGCAAGUUUGUGUCAGUACUGAAAAUUUUGAACUAAGAGAAUAACACAUUGGUGCUUGAAGGCUUUGCUCUUAGACUAUUGUAAUGUGUUACUAAUGGACCUAAUGGUUGAUGAGGUCUUAGAAAUUUUCUGAAUGAGAAGAACUACAUUUUCAAGAAA